UCUGCAAUAAAACCCACUAUGGUCAUGUCUAGUCCUUGUUCUUGGUCUCGACCACAACACUUGUUCUUCUUCUUCUUGUUUGUGCCGCUUCUCAGCCUAGCACAACAAACCUCUGUUGACAUAAACAGUUCUGUCUGGGACAUUCCUUCAAGAUCAUUGUGUCUAUCCCAACAAAGCAACUUCUCCAAUUCUCAAUUCUCCCACAACCUUAACCGUUUGGUCUCUUCAAUCCCUUCUCUCGAACCCAACACUUACAACUUUUACAACCUCUCCAUCGGAAGAAACUCAGAUCAAGAACGAGUAGAAGCCAUAGGACUCUGCAACAGAGUACUCACACGAGUAGAUUGUCUCAACUGCAUCUCCCAAGCUGCAGUAAACCUAACCACAACGUACUGUCCAGCUCACAGAGAAGCUUACGUGCGUGCCACCAAAUGUAUGUUUCGUUACUCAGACAAACCCAUUUUCGGAAAACUCGAAACCAGUCCUGUCUUGGAGGCACCAAACCCUAACAACGCAUCGGGAGAUAGAGACGAAUUUAUACGGUUGCAGAGUAAGUUACUUAACCGGCUCAGGGAAGUUGCUGCAGCAGGUGGUUAUAAGAGGAAGUAUGCUCAAGGAGAUGGUCCUGCUUCUCCACCUUACACUAGAUUCUUCGCUUCCGUACAGUGCACGCCAGACUUGUCUGAGAAAAACUGUAACAACUGUCUCACUUACGGUUUCGAGAACGCGACUAAAGGAAGAAUUGGGAUCAGGUGGUUUUGUCCGAGCUGUAAUUUUCAGAUAGAGAGUGACUUGAGAUUCUACCGUCUCGAGUUCCAAUAUGAGCCUGACACACCAAUAAAGCCAGUAGCAGGAGAAGACAAAGUAAAUAUUAUUCUUGCCACGGUUGGCUCUGUUGUUGGUUUUGCAAUAAUAGUAGUCUGUCUUUACUUCUUAAUGACAAGAAGAAGAAAACAACAAGAUGAUAAUAUAAAAGACACACAAUCAUUGUUGCAACUAGAUUUUGAUACCAUAAGAGUUGCAACUAAUGAUUUCUCUACUGAUAACCAGCUUGGAGAAGGUGGCUUUGGUGCAGUUUAUAAGGGUGUUCUUCAUUCUGGAGAAGUGAUAGCUGUGAAAAGAUUGUCAAUGAAAUCAGGACAAGGAGACAUCGAGUUCAUAAACGAAGUCUCAUUAGUUGCGAAACUUCAACAUCGAAAUCUUGUUAGGCUUAUAGGUUUCUGCUUGGAUGGACAAGAACGACUGCUCGUUUAUGAGUUCUUCAAGAACACAAGCCUCGACCAUUUCAUAUUUGGCAUCUUUCAAACCACUCUAGUUAUGUAUGUAAUGAUGAUUCUAACGUUUUCUUUCUCAGAUUCAAACAGGAGAACGGUUUUAGAUUGGGAAACACGUUACCGUAUAAUCUCAGGUGUUGCUAAGGGUCUUCUUUAUCUCCAUGAAGAUUCUCGUUUCAAGAUUGUUCACAGAGAUCUCAAAGCCAGCAAUGUUCUAUUGGACGAUGAAAUGAAUCCGAAAAUCACAGAUUUUGGAAUGGCUAAGUUGUUUGAUACAGACCAAACAAGUCAGACCAGGUUUACAAGCAAAGUUGCUGGAACCUAUGGCUACAUGGCUCCAGAGUAUGCGAUGAACGGGCAAUUCUCGGUGAAAACCGAUGUAUUUAGCUUUGGUGUACUAGUCCUUGAGAUCAUUACAGGCAAGAGAAACAACUGGUGUCCAGAAGAACAAAGAUCACUGUUUCUCCUUAGCUAUGUGUGGAAAUGCUGGAGAGAAGGGAAAGUGUUAAACAUUGUGGAUCCAAGUCUGACUGAAACAAACGGUCUAAGUGAUGAAAUCAUGAAGUGCAUUCACAUUGCUUUGUUGUGCGUUCAGGAGAAUGCAGAGAGUAGACCAACAAUGGCUUCUGUUGUUGUAAUGCUCAAUGCAAGUUCUUUCACACUACCUAGACCUUCAGAACCAGGUUUUUACUCGGGGGAGGGAGAAUCAUCAAUGUCAAGAGACAAUCACACAAGUAGUAUUGCUUCAUUGAACAGUGUUACAAUCACUGAGUUAGAUCCUCGUUGAUUAGUGUGUAAUUCUAUCGCUUUAUAGUUUACUAAAGUAUAUGAUUGCUGAGUUCAAUCUAUGAACAAAACUUUUUGGUAGUGUUGUAA